UGGUUAGUCUGCGAGGAAGUAUCCUGGACCUGGAAAGAGUAGUAUCAUAUUUAAAAUGACUCUUUAUGAGAAGAAAGAGGAGGAUGAAGAUAUUCACACACACAAAUCAGCAUCUGCAGAACUCGGCUGUGUGUCUAUGAAGAGUGACGCAUCCGCGGGGAUACGACCUAAUCUCAGUGAUGGAGCAGAGACCUCUGACUCUGAUAGUACUGCCCCUAAAAUGGGUCUUUGUGAAAAGAUUGAGGAGGAGGAUGUCCACACACACAAAACAGCAUCUCCAGAACCCAGCUGUGUGUCUAUGAAGAGUGAUGUGUCCAUGGGGAUACCACCUGAUCUCAGUGAUGGAGCAGAGACCUCUGACCCUCAUACUGCCUGUAAAAUCAAUCUGUCUGAGCAGAGAAAGGAGUUUUCUGCUCGGAAACGUAAAGCAGCAUCUCCAGAAGCCAGGUGUGUGUCUAUGAAGAAAUGCAGAUCCAUGCAUCAUCUCCCUGAAGUCAGUGGUGGAGCAUUGACUUCUGACCCCGAAUUGAAGAGAGAUGAUAUGAUUAGAUCAGUGAUGCGACGUCAGACCCUCAUCAGGCAAAGAGUCAAAGACCAACACAAAUCCAGCAUGAAGAGGAGGUAUGAGAGCUUAUUUGAGGGAAUCAAACCAGAAGGGAAUCAAACCCUCCUGAACAGGAUCUACACGCAGCUCUACAUCAUAGAGGGAGAGAGUGAAGGAGUGAACGAAGAACAUGAGGUUUUACAGAUGGAGAAAAGACCCAGAACACCAGACACUCCAAUCUACUGCAAUGACAUCUUUAAACCUAUACAUGAACCAGGACCUGAGGAGCAAAGAAAACAGAAGAAAGACCAAAUCAAGUCUGUUCUGACUAAAGGCAUCGCUGGAAUUGGAAAAACCGUCUCUGUGCAGAAGUUCAUUCUGGACUGGACCGAGGGAAAAGCCAAUCAGGAUGUAGAUUUUAUGUUUGUGCUUCCAUUUCGAGAACUGAACUUGAUUAAAGAUCAUCAGUACAGUCUUCACAGACUUCUGCUGGACUUUCAUCCUGAACUUCAAGAUCUGGACUCAAAGAUUUAUGAGGAGUGUAAAGUUGUGUUCAUCUUUGAUGGUCUGGAUGAAAGCAGAAUCACACUGAUGUUUACAGACAGACAGAAAGUCUGUGAUGUGAAUGAGUCUUCAUCAGUGGGUGUGUUGAUGUCAAACCUCAUCAGAGGAGAGCUGCUUCCCUCUGCUCUCAUCUGGAUCACCUCCAGACCAGCAGCAGCCAAUCAGAUCCCCUCAGAAUACAUCAACCGUGUGACAGAAAUUCAGGGAUUCAAUGAGCAUCAGAAGGAGGAAUAUUUCAGGAAGAGAAUCCGUGACGAGCAUCAAGCCAGCAGAAUCAUCUCACACAUUAGAAGAUCAAGAAGCCUCCACAUCAUGUGUCACAUCCCCGUCUUCUGCUGGAUCUCAGCCACUGUGCUUCAGAACCUCCUGAAACAAGAUAGCAGUGCAGAAAUCCCUCAAACUCUGACUGAAAUGUACAUCCACUUCCUGCUGACUCAGAUCAACAUGAGGAAUCAGAAGUAUGAUAGGAGAAAACCAAAGAAACUUCUGAAGUCUAACAGAGAUGUGAUUUUGAAACUUGCUGAGUUGGCUUUCAAACAGCUGAUGAAGGGCAAUGUGAUGUUCUAUGAGGAGGACCUAAUUGAGAGCGGCAUAGACGUCACUGACGCUGCGGUGUAUUCUGGGAUUUGCACCGAGAUCUUCAGAGAGGAAUCUGUGAUUCAUCAGAGAAAAGUCUACUGCUUCAUUCAUCUGAGCUUUCAGGAGUUUUUAGCUGCUUUCUUUGUAUUUUACUCACAUUUACUCAGGAAUAAGGAAUCACUGAGGUUGUUUCUGUAUGAAGGAUAUAAGUGGAAAAAAUCUCUGUAUGAUCUACUAAAAGCAGCAGUUGAUAAAUCCUUACAGAGUAUUAAUGGAAAUCUGGAUCUUUUCCUGCGGUUCCUGCUGGGCGUCUCACUGGAGUCCAAUCAGAGACUCUUACAGGAUUUACUGACAGAGACAGACACCAACAUCUCAGAGACCAUCAAGAGAGUCACACAAUACAUUAAAGACAAAAUCAAGGGUGAUGUACGUCUCUCAGCAAACAGAUGCAUCAAUCUGUUUCUCUGUCUGCUGGAAAUGAAGGAUCAGACUCUGUUCAGAGAGAUUCAGGAGUUUGUGAAAUCAGGGAAUCACUCAGUGAAUCGACUCUCUCCCGGUCACUGCUCAACAAUCGCCUACUUGCUUCAGAUAUCAGAGGAGGUGCUGGAUGAGUUUGAUCUGAAGAAAUACAACACAUCAUGCGAGGGUAGAAGGAGACUGAUACCAGCUGUGCUGAACUGCAGAAAAGCUCUACUAGCUGGCUGUAAUCUCAGUGAUCAGCACUGUAAGAGUUUGUCUUCAUGUCUACAAUCAUCCAACUCUUCACUGAGAGAUCUGGACCUGAGUAACAAUGACCUGCGGGAUUCAGGAGUGAGGCUUCUGUCUGUUGGACUGAAGAGUUCACACUGUCAACUCAACAUACUGAGGUUGUCCAUCUGUAAUCUCACUGGUCAGUGCUGUGAAAGUUUGUCUUCAUCUCUACAAUCAUCAAACUCACUGAGAGAGCUGGACCUAAGUAACAAUGACCUGCAGGAUUCAGGAGUGAAACUUCUGUCUGUUGGACUGAAGAGUUCACAUUGUCAACUCCUACUGAGACUUGCUGGAUGUAAUCUCACUGGUCAGUGCUGUAGAAGUUUGUCUUCAUCUCUUCAAUCUUCAAACUCACUGAGAGAGCUGGACCUGAGUCACAAUGACCUGCAGGAUUCAGGAGUGAAACUUCUGUCUAAUGGGCUGAAGAGUUCACACUGUCAACUCAACAUACUGAGAUUAUCUGGCUGUAUGGUGACAGAGGAAGGCUGUUGUUUUCUGGCUUCAGCUCUGAGUUCAAACCCCUCACACCUGAGAGAGCUAGAUCUGAGCUACAAUCACCCAGGACAAUCAUUAGUCAAGCUGCUCUCUGAUCCAAACUACAGACUGGACAAACUCAAUGUGGAUCGUGGAGGAGAGAUCAGGAUUACAGCAGGACUAAAGAAAUAUGCAUGUGAUCUCAUACUGGAUUUAAACACAGCAAACACUCAUCUGUCUCUGUCUGAGAGGAACAGAAAGGUGUCACAUGUGGAAGAGAAGCAGCCGUAUCCUGAUCAUCCAAUGAGAUUUGAUGAGUGUCUUCAGGUUCUGUGUAGUGAGAGUCUGACUGGACGCUGUUAUUGGGAGGCUGAAAUGAGCGGAAUGGUUUAUAUAUCAGUGGCCUCUAAAGGAAUCAGAAGGAAUGGAAAGAGUAAUGAGUGUGUGUUUGGAUCCAAUGAAAAUUCCUGGACUCUGAAAUGUUUUAAUAACAGGUUUACUGUCAGUCAUAACAAGACCACAAUCAUAUAUGACUCUUCAUGCUCUAAGAGAGUAGGAGUUUAUCUGGACUGGUCGGCUGGCCAUCUGUCCUUCUACAGCGUAUCUGACACACACACUCUCACACGCUUACACGCAUUUAAAACCACAUUCACUAAACCCCUCUAUGCUGGAUUUGGGGUAGAAUCUGGUAGUUCUGUGUUUCUGUUACCUCUUUUUCCACCAGCAUGAACCAGGUGCUAGUUCAGAGCCAGUGCUAUUGCCAGUUCAGAGUUGCUUUGUGUCUACUAUGAACCGGUUUGCCUUUCCAUGAACUAGAGAGCCACCACAGAGCCAGAUCUUACGUCACUGAAUACAGCUAAUUUUUCUCAGCAAUGCUAGCGUAGUAGCACCAAACACACUAGGCUUGCUCAAGAUGCAUCGGCGCCGCACGACACCAAAGCACCGUGAGAGCGAUUGGAGAGCAGACGACACUUUAAGCAUUUGAAUUGCUCUUGCAGUACUUCGACACCACACACCGAAGGGUCCGCGCAUAUCCCGAACAAACCUAAUAUCAACAAUGGUGGAUGUUGCGUUUCUGUUGAUGUUUAUGGUUUUGCGAAUCUAAAUCGGCAUCCAAACACGGCGAAUCCAACAUGUUUGUGUUUAGCGCCAUUUUUUAAAUCGCAGCUUUCUGUUUGUCUUGUUAGUCAUGGUAAUCCCACCCCUGGCCCCUGACGCAAGUGGUUCUUACUUCUAGACAAGCCACGUUUUGGUGCUACUUAUGAACCACUUUUUCUGGUUCUGAGCUGUUGCUUUGGGUGUUGAAAGACAAACUGAUUUGAAACUAGGCUCUGGCUCUGAACCAGCACUCAAACUGCCUUGGUGGAAAAGGGGUAUGUAUAUAUAUUAAACUGUUUCCAUCAAAAAACACACAGCUGAGUAAAAGAAACAUAUCUCUUUAACUCACACAGCUGUAAACUCUUUCUCCCUUCUAAUCUUAAUUUCAGCGCGUAUAUAGAAACACAUAUACAUUGACGUAAGUCUAAAUGAAACACUACAGACUACUUAUUGUGUUUUUAUAAAGACAUUUGAAUGCGGUUCGAAAUGACACUUUCUUUCUGAGUCUGAGCAUCACCUGGAGGAAGAUUUAGAUUCUCACUCACAGGAAACGGCUCUUAGUAACAGCUUGGUCUGUUACUAUGGUAACUGAGGGUCAGUGGCCUGUUGCAUAAAAUUAGCUGAACCAACUCUGAGUUUCAGAGUAGGUUUAGAGUUGACAAAAUCAAAAACAAAUCCAGACUGGUUGAGAUCAGAUUCAGCGGGCUCACAAAGCUCGAUAUAAUCAUUUUGUGUUAACUCUGAGCUUGAUCCAAAGGUUGUGAUUAACUCUGGAGCUCAUGCAUCUAAGAAUGUAAGUGAUACGUGAUACAAACAGCCAAUCAUAGGGAACAUGGAAAGUGUCAGUUUGGUUCACUUCUCAUGAGAGAAUUCACUUUUCUGCUGAAUCUAUGCCAUUAUUAAAAAUAUAAUGAAUUUAAAUGUAUUUACAAGGCAGGAAUAAACACUGUUGCUGCAGCAGAAAGCAAAUAUCUAUGUAAAUGAAUCAAGUAAUUUAAUUUAUUUUCACAAAGCUCAAAAGAAAUCAUAAGUUUAGUGACUUUAAAAGCUUUUUUUAUUUUAUAUAUAUAUAUAUAUGUAUAUGUGUUUUGUCUGUCUAGUGUCAUGGCGGACGCCGGGUCUAUCUAUGUUUUGUGUAGUGUCAUGACGGACGCCCAAAAUCCACUAUAAUUUAAAAAUAAUACUGUUUUGUGUCACGAAUGCAGCUUUAAGGAUUUUUUUAGGCGAGAAUGUGCUUGCUUGGACUUAAAAUAUGUGGUUUGUUAAUAAAGAUAAGGUCUAUUUGAAAAUUUGCUUCAACAUUUCUUUAGUUCUGCACAAAAGGGGGCUUUCAAAGAUACUCUGUUGUUGUUUCUAAAUUAUUUACAUACACGUGCCGUUGAACUGUUGUAUUAACGCAAUAUCACACUCGUAGACGUGAGAUAUGGCUGUAUAUCGCCACGGCUGUAAAAAGUAUUAAAAUGGCCCAAAAAAAAACGCAACCCAUGGCUCUGUAAUUUUUCCCGCGACUGUAUUUUCAAAAUAGCCCGCCACCCUGCCUGG